AUGGAGAACUAUCUGCGCACCUGGCGGAAGGAUGCUCUAAAUCGUGGCCAGUAUGAGGCCGCCGUCUACAUUGGCGACAAGGUUCUUGCGCUCACGGACAGCGAUUCAGAUGCCUUUUGGCUAGCCCAAGUUCACUUCAACAACAAUAACUUUACCCGCGCCCUCGCCCUUCUAUCCCGCGGAGACCUCAUCACAAAAAAUAGCUCCUGUCGCUACCUUGCGGCCCAUUGCUACAUCAAAGAGAACCAGUUCGACCAAGCUCUCUCGAUUCUUGGGGAACAAAACCCAACCGAUCUCAUCCGGAGCAACAAUAGUCGUCGCAAGAUUCAACACCUCAACGGCCAAAGCCAUGUCACACUCCGGAAUGGAAAGAACACAACGGCACGCCUGGAACGGGGCGAGGACCGAGAGAGGGAUGACGAUGGAAGCGUGAGAUAUGAGGCCUCCAUGUGCUAUCUGAGGGGCCUCUGCUUUGCCAAGCAGAAUGCCUUUGACCGAGCACGCGACUGCUACAAGGAUGCCGUUCGGAUUGACGUGCAGUGCUUCGAGGCAUACGACCAGCUUAUGAAGAACUCUCUGAUGUCGCCCACCGAGGAACUGGAAUUCCUUGAAUCGCUGGACUUCGACUCGAUCUCAUCCCCCGACCCAGCCCUUGCCCAAGAAGCGGCUCACUUCACCAAGAUGCUUUACACCACCCGCCUGUCAAAGUACUCCGCACCGAAUGUUUUGUCAGACGCAACCGAAACCCUUUCCACACACUAUAACCUCGCUAAUAAUCCUGAUAUUUUGCUCUCGCGUGCCGAGGCGCUUUACACUCAAUGUCGUUUCGCUGAAGCCUUGGAACUGACAUCCUCCAUCCUUUCUACACCACAAUCGAACGAUUUUACACCACCUAAUGGCGCAAACAGUCUUGCACACAGCCAUGUGGGCCACACCCCUGCAGUCUAUCCUCUUCAUCUGGCAUGCCUCUAUGAAACGGGAGCUACAAAUGCUCUGUUUUUGCUCUCUCACACGCUGGCUGACCAUGCCCCCGAGGAGCCCUACACGUAUCUCGCCAUCGGCGUCUACUACCUAGCAGUGUCCAAGGUUGCUGAGGCUCGUCGGUUCUUUUCCAAGGCUUCUCUACUGGAUCCUCAUUCGGCGCCGGCUUGGAUCGGAUUUGCUCAUACCUUUGCGGCCGAGGGCGAGCAUGAUCAGGCCAUCGCUGCGUACAGUACUGCCGCGCGGCUUUUCCAGGGCAGUCAUUUGCCACAGCUCUUCCUAGGCAUGCAGCACCUCGCCUUGAACAAUAUGGCGCUCGCGCAUGAGUAUCUGUGUGCAGCAUAUGCCAUGUCAACCGGAGCGGCGCCAGGCUCGACCCUCAACCUUCCCCCCACCUCUUCCGAAGCACCCCUUGGAGGCGAUCCUCUGGUGCUAAACGAGCUCGGUGUAGUCUUUUAUCAUCAGAACAAUCUUCCUGCUGCGGUGGAGAUGUUCCGGCAAGCCUUGAUGCUGGCCGCCUCCCUCCAUAGCGAACCUGGUGCUUGGGUUGCAACUCGCGCCAACAUGGGUCACGCCCUUCGUCGCCUUGGCCGUCUACCCGAGGCACUGCGGGAAUUUGAGGAGUGUCUCCGGGUUGGUGCUGGAGGAACCAGCCUGGGAUAUUCUCCAUUUUUGGGCGGAGGAGCUGGGGGCUCCGCAGCCCUGGCAACCGCCUCCGGGGUCGGAGGAUACGAGGAUCGGGGGCUGGUUGGAUCCUUGCAUACUUCGCGUGGUAUUUUGCUACUCGAACUCGGUCGGAUAGGGGAUGCUGUGUCAGCACUCCACGAAGCCGUUCGAGUGUUAGGGGCAAGUGGUGCUGGCGGCGGCGAUGCUGCCGGUGGUGCAGGAGUUGCUGGGACAUUACUGAAUCGAGCCCUCGAGCUCUGGUCCCUGGAAGGUCGCGAGCGAGAUCUUCAGCAGAUGGAAGAUACUGCCCGGCCAUCUAACAGUCGUUCGGCGAACCGUAAAGGCCGUGAGCGAACUGGAACGAACGAGAGCAACCGUUGUCGAAUCCGGCAUGCAGGCUAUGCAGAAGAAUGGACGGACGAAGUGACGCAUUCUGGCAUGGCCGAGGCUGCGGAGACUAUGGAAGAACGGGUUGAGAUGGAGCUGGAUGACAAGGCGGAUAGUAUUCUUGGACGUGCUUUGGGUCGGGUUCGUCCUGGAGGCCGACAGCGUCGCACACCCCGGCCUGCUAGUCCAUUGAUCGAGGGUGAUACGCCGGCUCGCAGCACUCGCCGAGAAAGAGCCCAACGAAGUCAAUCACGGCAAUGA